AUGGUCAGACAUAUGUGUUAUCUGGCUUGCCCGCGAAGGCUGAUGGAGAUCAUAGCUGGGUGCUUCGUUUUCGGGAACAGGGGCCGUCGGCUACAGCACAUGCGCUGUCAAAGCCCGAAGGACAAUUACCCGGUCUUCAAAUCAUUACGUCGUACGGUUGAUAGGUAUCAGAAGACAAGCCUGAUGCAUUACAACCAGGAGGCCUGCAACGCGGUGUUGUUUGGGAACGGCGGCGGGCGUCGUUGCGCUCAGCGCCUGCGGGAGCGGCAGUCACUGGCAGCAGGCCGUGGCGCUGCUGAGCGAGCUGAGGCGGGGGAGGCUCCAGUCGGACAUCCGCGUCGUCAAUGCGGCGAUCAGUGCGUGCGCGAAGUCCGGGCGCUGGCAGUCAGCCUGGGCAUUGUUCCACGAGCUUCGAAGAACAAAAAACAGCAUGACCAUAAUUUGUUUCUGAGCUCCGCGUGGAAUUUCUUGGAUUGGCGCUGA